AUGUUAGUUGUUGCAUUCCUCUUGCGGAUUUUAUCUGCGAUAGGAGGGAUGAUGAUGGUGGUACCACAGACAGAGUUGGAAGGUAAUCAAGAAGACAAAACUAGACGAAAUGAAAAAAUAGUCGAAAAGGCAGCUCAAAUACAUGUAGUUGUAGCAAGUCUAUCAAUAACAGUUACCUUCACAACUGGUUUCACUUUCCCAGGAGGCUUUGAGAGCGAUACUGAGAGCCCUAAUAAAGGGAUGGCGAUUCUAUUAAAAAGAACAUCAUUCUGUGCAUUUGUUAUUCAGAUGCCAUCACCUUUCUGUGCUCCUCAGCUUCUAGUGAUGUCAGCAUUUGUAAUUGCAUUUGCAAUUGGUAUGCAAGUUACUUUAGCACAUUCAGUUGGUCUAGCCAUUGCUAUAUGUGUCAUUGGCUGCAUCUCUUUCGUUAUGUUUUGCUCGGUUAUGCUUCUUCUUUGUGGAAAUAGGCCUAGAGAAAGAACUUGA